GCAUUGUAAGAAUCAAUUAUUGAUUAUUGAUUAUUAUUGGCUGCAUUAAGACUACAUCCCUGGCUCUGAUUGGUUGCUUCUGGUAAAGUGGUGCAUUUUGUAAUGCAGAUUGUAGUGCUACCAGUACAGAUUAUAUAUCUCAUGUUAUACUGUCUGUCUGGGGUCGGGUUGCGGGGGUAGCAGCUUCUGAAGGGAGGCCCAGACUUCCCUCCCCCCAGCCACUUGUUCCAGCUCCUCUGGGUGAAUCCCAAGGCGUUCCCAGGCCAGCCAGGAGACAUAGUCCCUCCAGCGUGUCCUGGGUCUUCCCCGGGGCCUCCUCCCGGUGGGACGUGCCCGAAACACCUCACCAGGGCGGCGUCCAGGAGGCAUCCUGACCAGAUGCCCGAGCCACCUCAACUGGUUCCUCUUGUCGAUGUGGAGGAGCAGCAGCUCUACUCUGAGUCCCUCCCGGAUGACCGAGCUUCUCACCCUAUCUCUAAGGCACAUGUGUCAAACUCAAGGCCCGGGGGCAAAAUCCGGUCCGCUGUAUGUUUUUAUGUGGCCCUCUACAGUGUAGACUAAACACUAAGUGUGAUUAAAUAUUAUAUUAUCAAUCAUAUCUAUGCAGUUUUUAUCUGUUUACUGCCAAUUUAUAUCAAUCAAUCCCUCCAGUUUCCUGAGAAUUUAGUUGAUGUAGGAUUAUAGUCCAUGAUUUAUACAGCGAGUAAAUAAACAGACACAUUUAUCAUUAUGAAAAGAUGUUCAAAAAUAUUAAGUAAUUUUAAGUAUUCAUUGACAUUAACAGUUUGUGAACAGGUUUUAUCAACACAUUCUGGCACAACCGGCCCUUUAAGAGCCUUCAUGAUCUUUAUUUGGCCCAAAACGAAAAUGAGUUUGACACACCUGCUCUAAGGAGAGCCCAGCCACCCUAUGGAGGAAACCCAUUUCGGCCCCUUAUAUCCAAAAUCUCGUUCUUUCUGUCAUAACCCAAAGCUCAAGACCAUAGAUGAGGGUUGGAACGUAGAUUGACCGGUAAAUCGAGAGCUUCGCUUUUUGACUCAGCUCUCUCUUCCCCACGACGGACCAGUACAGCGCCCACUUCACUGCAGAGUCUGCGCCAAUCCGCCUGUCGAUCUUGCUCUCCCUUUUUCCCUCAUUUGUGAAAAAGAUCUCAAGAUACUUGAACUCCUCCACUUGGGGCAGGACAAUCCCCUCGACCCGGAGAAGGCACUCUACCCUUUUCCGGCUCAAGACCAUGGUCUCAGACUUGGAGGCACUGAUCCCCAUCCCAGCCGCUUCACACUCAGCUGUGAACCGCUCCAGCAAGAGCUCCAGAUCAUGUCCCGAUGAAGCAAAUAGGACCACAUCAUCCACAAAAAGCAGAGAUGGAAUCCUGACACCACCAAAAUAGAUCCCCUCAACACCCUGGCUGCGCCUAGAAAUUCUGUCCAUAAAAGUAACGGACAGAAUCGGUGACAAAGGGCAGCACUGGCAGAGUCCAACCCUCACCGCAAAUGAGCCUGACUUAUUGCCGGCAAUGCGGACUAGACUCUGACACCGGUCAUACAGGGACCUGAAAGCCCGUAUCAAAAGGCCCGGUACCCCAUACUCCUUCAGAACCCCCCACAGGGCUCCCCGAGGGACAUGGUCGAGCUCCUUCUCCAAGACCACAAAACACAUGUCGACUAGUUGGGUGAACUCCCAUGCACCCUCCAGGACCCUGCUGAGGGUGUAGAGCUGGUCCAGUGUUCCACGACCAGGACGAAAACCAAACUGCUCUUCCAGAAUCCGAGGUUCAACUAUCCGACAUACCCUCCUCUCCAGGACCCCUGAAUAGACCUUGCCAGGGAGGGUUAAGAGUGUGAUCCCUCUAUAAUUGGAGCACACCCUCCGGUCUCUCUUUUUAAACAGGGAGACCACCACCCCAGUCUGCCAAUCCAGGGGAACCGCCUCCAAUGUCCAUGCGAUACUGCAGAGUCUGCCAAUCCAGUUCUGCUGGAUUGGCAGACUGGGGUGGUGCUACCCCUGUUCAAAGAGGAAGACUGGAGGGUGUUCUCUCGUUGAGGGGUCACACUCUUAAGAUUCUCUGGUAAGGUCUAUUCAGGGCUCCUGGAGAGGACGAUAUAGAUGAACAGCAGGUUGGGGAAGGCACUGAUAGUUAUAUCGUGAGAUUGUUAGUCUGUCAGGCAUUUUUUCUAGCAUCUCAUUUAAAGGAUUUUAAAUCAUAGGGCAAUAAUGCCCAGAUUGUUUUCACUUAUUUGUUAGAGAUGGCUCAGAUCACAUUACGUGGUACCUUAUGGAAACAUAUUGCAGUUUAUGUUUUAUGUUUUUCUUCUCUAGACAUCCAUUUAUGGCUACCUGUGAAGACUCUCAUCUGAAGUUCAUCCAAACACUUAACAAUUCAUUUUACUUUAAAGGGACCAGUUCUGCUUCAUGUGAAACAGAGCUUCAUUCAGAUAAUUUCAGGAGAUGUGAGCCUCCAAUAUCAAGGUGGAUCCAAAGCAAAGACCAAAAGUUUCUUGUUUUGAGAACUUCGGGGAAAUUUGAAUUCGAGGACAGGACAGUCCAUGAUCGAGGACAGCCUGAUUGCAAAUUUGAAAUCCAGAUAUAUCAGGACUCGGGCACUAACAAAAAUCAGGCAGUCAUGCUGUACGUCUGUGCUGAUGAUGAAAAAAUUAUGUUAUCCUGCAAAAAUAACAAGGAAGUGUGCCCAGAGCCCAUGGAUUGUGAAGUCCGGAUUGAAGCAGCAGAACACAAGGCUCUGUUCCGGUGGAAACGCAUCUCCACUGGCAAAUACAUGUUUGAAUCCACCAAGUACCCAGGUUACUUCCUGGCAUUCGAGCAUGUGGAGGACAUGCCUUGCCUGCAUAAACUAAUUCUGCGUCAAGAAUCCAUGGAUGAAGUGGAUGAGUCUAGGAUUCUUUGUGUAAAUAAAUGCAGUCCAUAACUAUUUCUCUUGGGAAAAUGCAACAUUCACUAGCCACUUUAUUAAAUGGAUAGUGAGCUUUUUCUUUCUUCUGCUAAUGUUAACAUUAUUCGUAGAUUAUUAUGUUGUUGUCAUUGCUAUGAUCAUUAGUUAUAUCACAAACAAAUCAAAAAACAACAAAGUUUAUGUAUGUAUAUUGUUUAGUAUACAUAGAAAAGAAGUUAGUAAUUAUAGUAAUUAUUCUGAUACUGUAUGACCGGUUGUUAUUUAUAAUUGUAAUUAUUAUGAAUUAAUAAAUAUGCUUAUUAUCUCAUGAGUAAUUUUGUAAAAAUGUUGUUCUUAAGAACCAACAAAAUCCAUUUGUUGGUUCUUUCAGAGUAAAUUUAAUCAGAAUACGAAUACCAUGUUUUAAAUUACUCAUUACUGAUAAUUACUGAGUCUAUAAGUGAUGUAUUUAUAUUUAGAUGAAGGGCAGGAUGAAAUAAAUGUUCACUAUUUUGUUCUU